UUAUCUGUCAGAGGGGGGGUAUCCAGCUGACUGAGGUGGGGGUUGGAGGUCCAGAAGCCCUGCCAGUGGAGCUGUGAUGGUAGGCUGUAGCUCGGCCGUCUCAACACCUCACCUCACCUCUGCUGAGGCUGUUUUAUGUUAACUAAGAGAGGAGAUCUGUCUGUCAUGACUAACCACACUUUUUACAUUUGUCUAACCUUCACUCAAACUGCUGUUCUAACUGAAACCUGCUGCCAUUUUACUGUAGUCAGAACAACCUUUUGUACCAUUUCUACUUAAUAUUAAUGAUUCAACUCUUAAACUAAAAUGUGCCGUUUUACAGUUGAACUGUUAUGCAGAGCUACAGGAUUAAGAUGCAUCAACUACAUUAUUUUGAUUAUACUAUUUAAAUCACAUGUUAUGAAUUAAACUACAUAAGGUGAAGCAUCUGGUGAAUCAAGUGACCAUGCCUUAAAUCCUGUGGGAUACUGAAUCAUCCUUGUACUAAACUUAUGCAAAAUAUUACUUUUCCUUUCACCAAAGAACGUUGUUUCACAGGGAUUUGCUCUUUUGCCUGUGUGCACCUUUUUUAUUUCCCUCUUGGUUGUAUCCAAGACUUUCCGUUGUUUAUAUUUUUUGUUAAAUGCUGAAGUGAAGGACAUAAUAAAUAACAAGUUAUUUGCCUUAUUUGUGGUUAUAGUCACCUGGAAUUCGUUUAGGCUGAAAUCAACCUGACUGUCGCUGAAGAUGCUUUGUUCAAAAGCUCCAUGAAUGUAAUCAACAGUUUGUAAAAUAUAUUACAAUUUAAAUCACAGACUGCGGCCUUGCUGGUCUUGUCUUAAUACCGUGGUCCAUAAUCCUCUAUUGAUACACAAAGACGUCUGAUUGAUGCAUUAGAUGGCUAUUUGAUUUAACCACCAAGACCCGCAGGCCCCUUAAGUCACCUCAGGUUCAAUUUAGCUGUUGCUGUCAACCACAGGGGACUCGGAGCCACAGAGUUUAACAGGUUUAAGUAGACCGUCACUCUGAGUCGAACAGGUUUAAGUAGACUGUCACUCUGAGUCUAACAGGUUUAAGUAGACUGUCACUCUGAGUCUAACAGGUUAAAGUAGACUCAUGUCACUGAGUAACAGGUUAAAGUAGACUCAUGUCACUGAGUAACAGGUCAAAGUAGACUCAUGUCAUGAGGUAUGCAGUGAUAUUGAUAGGAUUACCCUUUGUGGGAUGUCUGCAUUAUGUUGCUACCUCAUCUUUCACCCUGAUUGUCAUCCGUUCUCAUGUCACUUCUCAGCGCUCAUAUUUGAUCUAGAGCUAUUCUCUAGACUCCAGACGGACCCAGUGCCUUUAGGGAGGGUACAGUUCUCAUAGGUCAGGUUUCAGGAACACUAACCAGUAAAGUAGACUAAAGCCAGUAAAGUGAUCCAGGUGCUCAAUUCUGAAUUAUGUAUUAGUAUGUCCAAAAAGUACGAUGAAAAUAAUGGAAAUUAAGUGGAUCAAAUUAACUCCUUAUUCUUGAACUAUCAUAUGCAUUACUCUGUUAUAGUGCACUUCUAGCCCCUUAUUGCCUUCAUCAACAGAAUAACCAACACUACUGGUGUCAAUAAGGGCUCUCCAAGAGGACGUUGCACUAUACAUCGUAAGCCAUCAGCCUGGUCUGUCAGAGGUUCAAGAAGUGGAUUUUAUCUCCAAACCAGAUCAAACAACUGAUAUUUUGGUAACCGAUCUAAACGGAAGAAAUUGAAGAUCAGGACAUACACAUGUCGUAGUAGGGCUGCUGCUCGCUGUAUCCAGCUGUUUGCACCGUCGUUCUGUUAGUCCACUGCUUUAUGUGUUCAACAGCUCUGAGUCUCUUCCAUCUCUAGCUGCAUGUCGUUCUGCUUCUGGCUUGUUUCAAAUGCGUUUUUAACACCUUGGCUAAGGACUUUGUCCCUUCUGUCAAAUCAACGAAGUGUAAACCUUCGUAAACCUAUUGACAUAUUAUAAUAUCAUAGAAGUGACGCUUACUUCUCUGCCCUGUGUCACACAUCUGUGAAAGUGAAAAGAAUCCACCUCUGAACGGUCUGCAGUGGUUGUGUGUGAUGAAAAACCAGCAGCAUAAUUCAAUCCUUUGUGGUAGGGUCUUCUCGGGCUUAUUAUAAAAUAAUUUACAUCAUGUGUGCGAAGUCUUCUGUUUGGUAUUUAGACCUCAAAUAAAACGCAUUAGGAUGGAAUAUUUAUGAAAGUGAUUUGUUUGUUAAUAUUUAUAUGAAUGAGAAUACAAUUCACCUUUACGUUAAUUAUAUUUAGGCUGCAUUAUAUUAAAAGUCGAAUGCAUGCAUGCAGACACGCAUACGUGUUAUUGCAUGUGCUGACCACUGGUCUGCGCUGUGGAGUCACUGCUCACUUGGCCACGCAAUCACGCAACCUGACGCAAAACCCGGAACUAGAAUACCCUCGAUCCCAGCCGACCCGAGUCCGACCCCCUGGUGACUGAGCCGACCCGUGUCCGAACCCCUGGGGACUGAGGAGCUGCAGGAUGGACGUGGAGGUCGAGACAACAGAAGCGGGGGCUUCGCGGAAGCGGAGAGUCCACGGGAUGCUUAAGAUGUACUACGGGAUGAACGAGGAGGGGAAGGCCGACCAGCCCGACUCCGCGGACCCCUGCGACAUCAACGGGCAGCACUUCGACCCGGACGUGUACCUCAAUAAGCUCCGGAGGGAGUGUUCUCUGGGGGAGCUCAUGGACCAGGAGGGCUGCAUGGUGAAGCAGAUCCGCUCGCUGGACAGCGACAUGCAGACGCUAGUCUACGAGAACUACAACAAGUUCAUCUCGGCCACAGACACCAUCAGGAAGAUGAAGAACGACUUCAAGAAGAUGGAGGACGAGAUGGACUGCCUGACCACCAACAUGGCCGCCAUCACAGAGUUCAGCGCCUCCAUCAGCGGGACUCUGCAGGACCAGCACACCCAGAUCACCAAGCUCUCCGGGGUCCACUCCCUCCUGAGGAAGCUGCAGUUCCUGUUCGAGCUCCCGGCGCGGCUCAAUAAGUGUGUUGAGCUGCAGGCGUACGGCCAGGCGGUCAGCGCCCACGGGCGCGCCCGCUGCGUGCUGCAGCAGUACAGCCACCUGCCCUCCUUCAGGGGCAUCCAGGACGACUGCCUCCUCAUCAUGGACGGGCUGCGGCUGCAGCUCAGACAGAGGUUCAGGGACGGGGGCUCCAGUGCCAAGGACCUGUCGGAGUGCGUGGAGCUCCUGCUGCAGCUGGACGAGCCGGCGGAGGAGCUCUGCGACAAGUUCCUGAACCACGCCGGGGCGCGGCUUAACCUGGACCUCACCGGCCUGGAGGCCGAGAUCCCCCCGCCGCCGCCGUCGCCCCCCGCCGCCUCCGCCUCCCCCGCGGCCGCCGCCCCCUCCCCCGCGGCCCCCUCCCCCACGGCCGCCCAGACGGACAUCCUGGAGUUCAUGGACCGCGGCUGCAACGAGUUUGUGAGCAGCCUGUGCCUGGUGGUGACGUCCUACCAGGAGCUGUUCGUGAGCCACGCCCCCGCCGGCGCCCCCGGGGACGUGCCCCGCAUGGCCAGCGCCAAGCUGCAGGUGUUCGUGGACGAGCUGGCCGGCCGCUACUUCUCCAUCGUGGAGCGCCGCAUCCAGGGGGAGCGCGGCGUGGGGGACAACUCGCUGCUGGUGCGGGCGUUGGACCGCUUCCACCGCCGGCUGCAGGCCGUGUCCAAGCUGCUGCCCGGCUCCACCGUGCCGGCGCGCGGCACGCAGAUCGUGGUGCGGGCCGCCACGGAGCGCGUGCAGCGCUACCUGGAGGCGCUGAAGAGCUUCUACCUGGACACCCUGACGGACGUGCGGCAGGCGCUGGCGGCCCCGCGGCUCUCGGUGGCGGGGGGCCCCGGGGGGCUGACCCCCGGUGGAGGGCUGCCCGACCUGCUGGCCUCGCUGUCGGCCUCCAUCCUCAACCAGAUCAAGGCGGUUCUGGCCUCGGUGCACCUGUUCACCGCCAAGGACAUCACCUUCUCCAACAAGCCCUACUUCAAGGGAGAGUUCUGCAGCCGGGGCGUGCGCGAGGACCUGGUGGUGAGCUUCAUCCAGUUCAUCUGCCAGUCCUCCCGGGGGUUCUGCGACAGCCCGGGGGACAAGGGCGGGGCCACCCCCCCCGCCCUGCUGCUGCUGCUGUCACGCCUCUGCCUGGACUACGAGACCUCCACCAUCUCCCACAUCCUCACCCUCACCGACGAGCAGUUCCUGGUCCAGCACCACAGCCCCGUCACCCCGGUCACCGUCCUCUGUGCCGAGGCCCGGGAGGCGGCUCAGAGGCUGCUCAACCACUACGUCAAGGUCCAGGGUUUGAUCAUCUCCCAGAUGCUGAGGAAGAGCGUGGAGACGCGUGAUUGGGUGAACACCAUCGAGCCGCGCAACGUGCGCGCGGUGAUGAAGCGGGUGGUGGAGGACACCACCUCCAUCGACGGGCAGGUGGGCCUGCUGUACGAGGAGGGGGUGAGGAAGGCCCACAGCAGCGACUCCAGCAAGAGGACCUUCUCCGUGUACAGCAGCUCGCGCCCGCAGCCGCGCUACGCCGCCAGCUACACCCCCAGCGCUCCGAUGGACACCAACCUGCUGAGCAACAUCCACAAGCUGUUCUCCGAGAGGAUCGACAUCUUCAGCUCCGUGGAGUUCAACAAGGUGUCUGUGAUGACGGGCAUCAUAAAGAUCAGUCUGAAGACGUUCCUGGAGUGCGUGCGGCUGCGGACGUUCGGCCGCUUCGGCCUGCAGCAGGUGCAGGUGGACUGCCACUACCUGCAGAUGUACCUGUGGCGCUUCGUGUCCGACGAGAACCUCGCCCACUUCCUGUUGGACGAGAUCGUGGGAAGCACCGCCCACCGCUGCCUGGACCCCGCCCCCAUGGAGCAGAGCGUCAUCGAGGUCAUCUGUGAGCGGGGGUGA